AUGUCUGCCGAUCUGAAGCCCCUCCGCAUCGUCAUGGCCUGCGAUGAGGCCGGCCAGCCUUACAAGGAAACCCUGAAGGCUGCUCUUGAGAAGAACCCUCUGGUUGAGUCCAUCCAAGAUGUUGGCGUCAAUUCCACCUCCGACAAGACUGCUUACCCUCACCCGGCUGUCGCUGGUGCCAAACUCAUCAAGGAGGGCAAGGCAGACCGUGGUCUCUUCAUCUGCGGUACUGGUCUCGGUGUCGCUAUCUCCGCCAACAAGGUGCCCGGCAUUCGCGCCGUGACAGCACACGACUCCUUCUCCGUCGAGCGCUCCAUCCUUAGCAAUGACGCCCAGGUGCUCUGCUUUGGCCAGCGCGUUAUUGGCAUUGAGCUUGCGAAGAAGCUCGCCAACGAGUGGGUGACCUACCGCUUCGACCCCAAGAGUGCCUCUGCCGCCAAGGUGCAGGCCAUCUCCGACUACGAGAAGGAACUCGCCGGUACUGCUUAA